AUGUCAGGCUUGAAUUUACUAGCUCCUGAAGGUGUUAGUUUGUCAUUGCACACAACUAGACUAUUAGUUCUGGUGCUUUAUCUUAGGGUACUCGAGGUCCCCUUCAUACAGCAGGGGGCACCCAAAAGCGAGGUCAAGUGGCCACAUUCUGAUUUCUUUCCUGUUUGCAGGGAGGAGGACGCUGUUAACCACGGAAAUACUCUGUAUGUGACUGGGCUCUCUUCCAGGGUGACUGAAAGGGAUGUUAAAGAUUAUUUCUCUAAGCAUGGAAGGGUGGUUGGUUGCCAUGUUGUUCUUGAACCACAUACACGUGUUUCCCGUGGAUUUGCCUUUGUCACCAUGGACACUGUUGAAGAAGCUGAGCGUUGCAUCAAGUAUCUUAAUGAUUCUGUAAUGGAAGGUCGAAACAUCACAGUUGAGAAGUUAUCCUACACCUUGAUACCAUUGACAGGCCAUCGGUACGAGCGCAGAGAGCGUGGGAGAUUCCGUAGAGGCUAUGGUGGUGGGCGUGAUGAGUAUUAUGGCAAUGGCGGUGGCUAUGGCUACCGCAGGUCCCCGCCUCCCAUGUCCUCUUCCUACAGGGAGAGCCGGGACUAUUAUCCCUCCUACAGGGAGAGCCGGGACUAUUAUCCCUCCUACAGGGAGAGCCGGGACUACUCUCCCCACAGGGACCCUCGAGACUACUACGAAAGCAGGGGCGGCGGCCGGGGCUACUCCCCGCCUCCUUAUGGCGGUGGUAGGUCAAGGAGGGAGCGAUCGAUUUCGCCGUAUCGGAUGCCAGAAAGGGGCUACGGUGGAGGCCGCCGGGCGGGCGGCGGUGGCUAUGACAGGUAA